AUGUUGGUCCAAGUUAGCCAUAUGGUCAAGCUGACUCUCAUGCUGAUGAUCAGUGUCGCUGUGGGAGUGGUGAACAUUUACGCCUGGAGGCCGAUUUUUGAUGACUACGACAGAAAACGUUUCAACGGCUAUGUAGCGAACCUGGUUCCUUCCAAAUAUUCCAUGACAGCAAUGAUCUUCAUCAUGAUGCUUAGCUUCUACUACUUCGCCCGCCACGUGGAGAAAUUGGCCAGGACAUUGUUCCUGUGGAAGAUUGACGUCCACGAGCAGAAGGAGAAGGUGUACGAUAUGAGGCGCUGGAACGAGGCUCUGGUCACUAACAUGCUGCCGGAACACGUGGCUCGACACUUCCUGGGCUCCAAAAAGAGGGAUGAGGAGUUGUACAGCCAGUCGUACGAUGAGAUCGGGGUGAUGUUUGCUUCCAUCCCAAACUUCUCCGACUUUUACACUGAGGAGAACAUCAACAAUGGCGGUAUUGAGUGCCUGAGAUUCCUCAAUGAGAUCAUCUCAGAUUUUGAUGCGCUGUUGGAUGAGCCGCAGUUUCGCUGUAUCACCAAGAUCAAGACCAUUGGUAGCACCUACAUGGCUGCAUCCGGCGUCACUCCAGACCCCAACACAAAUGGAUUCAACAACACCAUAAAGAAGGAGGAAAUCUCCGAUAAGGAACGCUGGCAGCACCUGGCAGACCUGGCAGACUUUGCUCUGGCCAUGAAGGUGUCAUUGAUGAAUAUUAAUUACCAGUCAUUCAACAACUUCAUGCUGAGGAUUGGACUGAACAAAGGGGGUGUCUUGGCUGGUGUGAUCGGAGCUCGCAAGCCACAUUAUGAUAUUUGGGGGAAUACAGUGAACGUGGCCAGCAGAAUGGAAUCCACUGGAGUCCUGGGAAAUAUACAGGUUGUUGAAGAUACACAUGAUAUCCUCAAGGAGUACGGUUUCCGAUUUGUGCGGAGGGGUCCUAUUUACGUGAAAGGCAAAGGAGAGCUGCUCACAUUUUUCCUGAAAGGACGAGACAAACAAGGCUCCUUCAUCAAUGGCUCAUCCGUCACUCUGCCCCACCAAGUGGUGGAGAACUCUUGA